UGGAGGAGUUCAAGCGCGGGCAGCGGUACGCCAACUGGCGCACUAACGAGGAUGCCACGGAACCCGGCCAGGGCGGCACUCUGCUGUCAUCAACGCCCUACUACCACGAGCAGCACGGGGAGGGUCUCUUCACGCACAGCCUCUUCCGCCUCGGCAACCGCCUCCCUGACUGGGUGAACCGGCUGGUGCCGCCGUCAGUGCUGGUGGUGGAUGAGAAGAGCUGGAUCAACUACCCCUACUUCCGCACCAUCAUCACCAUCCCCUUCUUUAGCAAGCUGCGCAUGGAGAUCGAGACCAUUCACCUGCAGGACGACGGCUCGCACCCCAACGCCUUGGGAUUGUCACCAGCUGAGCUGGCGCUGCGGCGCGUGGACUGGAUGGAUAUUGGCAGUGAACCUGUGGCCAAACGCGACUACAAGGCCGAGCUCGACCCGUUAUUGGUCCGCUCUAAGCUCACAGGUCGCGGCCCCCUAACCCCAGGGUGGCAGAAGAGGGAGCGGCCUCUCAUGUGUGCAUACAAGGUGGUGCGAGCCCAGGCGGAGUAUUGGGGUGUGCAGAACAGUGCAGAGCGGCUGCUCAUCAACUCGCUCAGGCAGGCGGAGUACUGGGGUGUGCAGAACAGUGCAGAGCGGCUGCUCAUCAACUCGCUCAGGCAGAUAUUCCUGCGAGCGCACAAGAACUGCUUUGGCCUCGUAGACUACUGGUAUGCCCCGCUUUCCCCCGUGCCUCCCUUCCCUCACCAGAUCUUCCUGCUAGCGCACAAGAACUGCUUCGGGCUCUUAGACCACUGGUACCCGCUCUCGCUCGAACAGGUUCGCCCCAGCCCUCUCCCACACGCUCUCUCUUUCCCACACUCUUGCUUCCUCACCCUGUCUGCCCACACGCUCUCUCUUCCCCACACUCUUGCUUCCUCUCCUCACCCUGUCUGCCCCUCUCUCUUCCUCACCCUGUCUGCCCCUCUCUCUUCCUCACCCUGUCUGCCCCUCUCUCUUCAUGCCAGUGGGCGGCCGAGGAAGAACUCUUCGGAGAGAAGAUGCUUUCAGGUGAAUUCUCGAGAAUCCAGCAAUCCCUACCUCUGCCUUCCUCCCCGCCCUUUCCCCCCUUUCUCCUUCAUCCAGACCUGGGUCAUCCGCUCUCCCUCUGCUUGGAGCAGCCCCCCGCCCCUCUGCCCCCUCUGCUGUGCGCGCACACACCACCAGGGCGGGCAGCUGGAGGGGAGAGAGAGGUCGGCGGAAGCUGGCAGGGCAGUGCAAGAGUGUGCGCCGGCUGUGUUCUGUGUGUCGUGUGGCGAGUUCUUCUGCCACCGCUGCUUUCACGAGUUCCACAUCACGCCUCGCUUGCAGCAGCAUGCCACACACCCCAUCGCUUCUUCCCAGACGAUUCCUCCUGCCGCCCCUGCUGACGCACAGAAUGGCUACUCUCCACUCAAUCAGACCUGCCACGUGGCAGCACAGACACUGUCCCCACGCCCCCUACCACCACCAGUCACCGCAUUGCACCCAGCGGCACCAGCACAACCACAAGUAAUACCGAGGAGGACUACUCAAUUGGUGUCGGCAGCGCUGGUGCUGUUGCUAGUGCUCCCUCUGCUGCUACCUCUGGUGCUGCUGCUGCUGCUGCCUCUGUUGCUGCUUCUGCUGCGCCGCACAGAGAGGAGGAGGCAGAAGGCAGAGGCGAAGGGAUUGAGAGAGCAGGCGAGGGAGGGGGAGAGGGAGGAGAGGGAGGGCAUGAUGCUAGCGGCUCGAGAGGUGGAGAGCGGAGGAGAGGAGGGACGAGAGGGAGAGGAGGGAGGAGGAGAGGGAGAGGAGAGGGGAGGAGAGGAGGAGACAAGGAGUGGAGGGGGAAGGGCAGCCUACUGGGGAGAGAUGGGGGUCGCAGGGGGAGUUGGCGUAUGGGGGAGGGGGAGAAGGGGGAAGAGGGUUUGUCGGAGGAGGGGGGAAGGGGAGCAGGGUUGUGGGGGGGAGGAGGGGUUGAGAGGGGGGAUGGGAGGAGAGCAAGUGGGAGGUGGGUCGCAGCGGAAGUGCACAGGGGGCGAACCCCAUUUGGGAAGGGCAGGCUGGCAUGCAGGAGGGGUCAAGUGGGAGGCCAGUGAGGGAGCGGCUAAGGGAGGAGUACGAGGGGCGACCUGUAGAGCUCUCAAUGGCUCUCGUUGGUGCCGUCCGUCUCUUGCCCGGCACUCUGACUCUGCCCUGGCUCACAUUGAACCCUCCCACCCCUCUCUCCACCUCUCACCCUCCCUUGCCUUCUUCCAACAUAUCCUCUCAGCAGCCGCAGCGGCACAGCAGCAGCAGCAGCAGCCAGGCACCCCAUUUGAACGCUCACGCGCCUUCUCCUGGAUGGGUCCUAGAGUCUUCUCCCGCUCCGCCUCCUCCCCCACCCUCUCUCACACUCACUCACACACCACUGCUGCCCCACACUCGUCCGCUGCUUCUCUCACUUCCACUCUCUCUGCUGCCGCUACCAAUUCCCCCUGGUCCUCUGUUGCCAGUCUUCCUGGCAGCAUUGCAAGCUCAGCAGCGGCUGUUGCUGGCGUUGCUCCUGAUUUGCCUGAAGAUGAUGUGUGUGCUGGUGACUCAGCACCUGGGGUUGCUGAUGUGACUGUAACAUAUGGGGAAAAUGUGACUGUAACAAAUGGGGAAAAUGUGACUGUAACGGCUGUGCAAGUGGUUCUGGACUAUCUGGCAUCGGAAGCAGGCACAGCUCAUCGACAUGAGCUCCAACGGUUCAGAGCACACCCCUCAACCUCCCUCAACCCCUCUCCACCCACCCCUUGUCUCAGGAUCCUAUCAGAGCUGCUGGCAGACAUGCAGCCACAGCAGCUGGGGCACUCGGAGCGACUGGCCUUCUGGAUCAACGUGUACAACGCACUAGCCAUGCAUGCGUAUCUGGUCCCCCACGUUUCCCUACUCCUCGCUAAGCUGGUGCCACCCACUCCUAAUCUCCCAGUCAACAUCCCUCAUAACCUGUUUCUGCCUUCCUGCCAUCAACCCUUCCUAUUCCUCGUCUUCCUCAUUCCCCUGCUCUCGCCCUCCUCUCACCAUCUCCACCCCCCUUCCUCAAUCUCCCCUUCCCCCACCCCCCCCCAACAACGCCCCCCUGUCCCCACCCAUGCAGUCGGCCUAGAUCAUUGCCUUCGCUCCCAUCACUGUCCCUGCCCCCUUGCCCCCUCCCCUCCUCCCCCUCCCUUCAAAAUCCCACACAAAAAGCUCACACACGCACGAAAGUAUCCCACUACCACCCUGCUUUUCCCCCUUUUCCAGGCGGGUCUGCUGCCAGUGCAGCGCUACAGGCGGGGGGAGUGCGUGGCGCUACAGCCUGGCUCUGCACCCUCGUCACACCUCCUUCCCUUUCCCCACCCGUCCACCCUCUCAACAUUCUCCUCUCAGGCGGGUCUGCUGCCAGUGCAGCGCUACAGGCGGGGGGAGUGCGUGGCGCUACAGCCUGGCUCUGCACCCUCGUCACACCUCCUUCCCUUUCCCACCGUCCACCCUCUCAACAUUCUCCUCACAGGCGGGUCUGCUGCCAGUGCAGCGCUACAGGCGGGGGACGUGCGCUACAGCCUGGCUCUGGACCGGCCCGAGCCUCUCGUCACCUUUGCUCUCAGCUGUGGCUGCGCCUCCGCUCCCCCUGUAAGCCUCGCCUCCCUCUGGCCCUCCUCACUCUCACCCCCCCUCUCCAAUUCCCUCCCUCCUCUCCCCUUUUUACAUGUGCUGUUCUGCCCUGGCAUUUACACAUUCGCACAUUACUUGCACUGUGCUAUCAUACCCUCACCCUGA